UGCUUUUGCUGUGGCAGGACCAGGAAGCUUUGCUGGAUCCCAGUGACCCCGCAGAGGGGGACGGUGCUUCUGUGGACACCAUCACCCAGACCAGGUCUGUGCUGGGACACGUGUUGGUGCGUGUCCCCACAUGCCAGCAACGGCCACAAACAGUUCUCCGAGGCCACCCGGGCAGGAGCUUUGGGACCCUCAGGUGAUGUGAUGGGGACCUCCUGCUGCUUCUUCGGUGUCACUGUGUGUUCUCUCUCCUCCCAGGGUAGCUAACAGUAUCAGGGGACCAUGAACUGGGGGGUGUUUGAAGGGCUCCUCAGCGGGGUCAACAAGUACUCCACGGCCUUCGGCCGCAUCUGGCUCUCCCUCGUCUUCAUCUUCCGCCUGCUGGUCUACGUGGUGGCGGCCGAGCGGGUCUGGAGCGAUGACCACAAGGACUUUGACUGCAACACGCGGCAGCCGGGCUGCACCAACGUCUGCUUCGACCACUUCUUCCCAGUCUCCCACAUCCGCCUCUGGGCCCUGCAGCUCAUCUUGGUGACAUGUCCAUCCCUCCUGGUCAUCAUGCACGUGGCCUACCGGGAAGCCAAGGAGCAGAGGCACCGUGCUGCCAGCGGGGACAACUGCCGCUGCAUCUACCCCGACCCCGGCAAGAAGCGGGGAGGGCUCUGGUGGACCUACCUGCUCAGCCUCAUCUUCAAGGCCGGCGUGGAUGUGGUCUUCCUCUACAUCUUCUACCGCUUCUACAGGAACUACACCCUGCCCCGGCUGGUGAAGUGCGAGCUGCUCCCCUGCCCCAACGUGGUGGACUGCUUCAUCUCCCGGCCCACCGAGAAGACCAUCUUCACCCUCUUCAUGGUGGUCACCACCUGCAUCUGUGUCAUGCUGAACCUCAUCGAGGCUGCCUACCUGAUCGGCAAACGGUGCCGCGAGUGCCUCCUGGCCAGCGGUGGGGACAGCCGCCGGCACAGCCAGGACUGUGCCCUCUCCCACCCCGAGCCCGUGGGCACAGGAGGCCAAGUUUUCCAUGGGGUGGACUACAAACCCCCCACGGCCUCCAUCCCCCCCACAGACUCCAGCCCCAGCACACCGCCCGAGGAGGAGAAUCUUCUCUAGCGCUGCCCAGGGAAAGGCGGGAGCCGCUCGCCCACCACCCUGUGCCAUCUUUUUCCUCCUCAUCCUCCUCCAUCUCCUGGUGCUGGGGGGUGGCAGCAUCCUGGAGUCGGGCUGUGCCCAAGGGCUCUCUGCCUCUCCCAUCCUGGGGAAGGCACAUUGCAUGGUUCUGCUGAACUCGGGGUAACCCCAGUGCUGUAGGACACCUGCGGUCCCCGAGAGCCAGCAGGGACAAGCAACUCCACGGCGGCGGUGAACCAGCAGCAGGGCCAGGAGGUCGAGACCAUCCCACAUCCCAUCAGCGAUGGCUUUAGCUGGUU